UAGAAAAAUUGUGUUUUUCCAUGUGCUGUAAAUCGAGCUUGCAAAGACUGAUGGCAUCAAUUGAGUGAUUUGGACUUUAGGAGAAGCAAAGUUUCUGGAGAAUACCAGCCUCUCGAGACAGUGGAUGAAGUAUUCAAUGAUGAUGUGCUCCUCUUAACCAAGCAAAAUGACAAACACAAGAAAUGCAGAUCAAAGAAAAGUUGUUUAUCGCCCUCCGACAUACAGAAUGAAAGACUUCUGCAGCGACACUACCGCCCCAGAGAUCACGUUUUGUCCCUGUAACGUCUUCGUCCAGGCUGCGUCCUGUGCCAGCAGUGCCACGGCCUCCUGGGACGCCUCUACAGCUACGGACGCCUCAGAACCCAUCACAGCAGUCAGUAACUUCUCGCCUGGUGAUUCCUUUGAUGUUAGCACUUAUCUGGUCAUCUAUUACCUUAUCGAUAACGCUAGUUUCUACUCGACAUGCAGCUUUAAAGUCACUGUCACUUCAAGUGGAGUGGUCAUCGACAGAGAGAAACCCCGUCCUGACCAGCUGUUUAACCGACAUCGUCGCAAACAAUUGCCAGCCCUGGUACCUCGACCCCGUUGGUUUUAUGCUGGCUCCUGUGGCAUCAGACAACUCAGAACUCCGUUUCCUGACGGUCAAUCAACUACAAGGCAGUUCCAUUGCUGUUGGAUCUACUGA